GGAAAGAGGCUAUUCCAGGAACACAGAGCAGUGUUGUACAAAAAUCAAGGAGCUCAGGCAAGCGUACCAAAAAGCCGAGGAGGAGAACGGGUGCUCUGGGUCACAGCCCCAUACAUUCCGCUUCUACCGUAAGCUGCAUGCAAUUAUGGGGGGUGACGCCACCACUACCCCACCACUGUCUGUGGACACGUGCAAGGGGGGAGUUGCAUGGAGCGAGGAGGAAGAAUUAUUGGAGGACGAAGAGGAGGAGGACAGUGCACAAGUGGCACGUGGGGAAUCCGUUUUCCCCCCCUAGCCAGGAACUAUUCUUAAUGCUGGAGCCAAUAGCCUCCCCCUACUCCCAAGGCGGGCUGCUGGACCAUGACCUUGGAGAAGGUACUUCUGGUGCAAAUGUUUCAACGUGGCCCCUAUCUACUCCAUCCCAGAGGCUGGUCCAGAUUAGAAGGCGGAAAAAACGAACUCAGAUUGACAUGUUCGCCGAGGUCAUGCAGUCCUCCCUCACUGAUAGUGCCCAGCUGAAUGCGUGGAGGCAAACAAUUGUGGAGUCCCGUAAAGCAGUACAGGAACACGAAGAGAGAAGGGACAGGCAUGAUGAGAGCAGGCAGGACGCUAUGGUGAAGCUCAUGGGGGAGCAAACUGACAUGCUCCGCUGUAUGGUGGAUCUAAUGCGGGAAAGGCAGCAAGACCACAGACUGCCGCUGCAGCCCCUGUAUAACUGCUUUCCCUCCUCCCCAAGUUCCAUAGCCUUCUCACCCAGAUGCCCAAGAACACGAGGGGGGAGGCUACAGGGACCCACACACUCAACCCCAGAGGAUUGCCCAGGCAGCAGAAAGCUGGCAUAUGUGAAUUUUUUAUUUGGUUUCUGGACUUGUCCUUCCCUCCUCCUCCACCCCUCAACCCAAUUUCCCCCCACCCCCCAGUCUACCUUCUGAUUUCUCUCAAUGUGUUGUGCAACAAAUAAUAAAGAACAGUUUUUAAACAAUUUUGACUUUAUUUCCUUUCAUAUAUAUAUAUAUAUAUGGGGUGGAUAACUUCAAGAGAAACAAACACAACUGUCAUGCCGUACCCUGGCCAGUCAUGAAACUGGCUUUCAAAGCUUCUCUGAUGUGCAGCAUGUCCUGCUGCACUCUUUUAAUCGCCAUGUUGUCUGGCUGUGUGAAAUUGGCCACCAGGCAAGUUGCCUCAACUUCCCAUCCCGCCAUAAACAUCUCCCCCUUACUCUCACAGAGAUUGUGGAGCACACAACAAGAAGCAAUUACAAUUGGAAUAUUGCUUGUGCUGAGAUCUAACCGAGUCAAUAAACUGUGCCAGUGCACUUUCAAAUGUCCAAAAGCACAUUCUGCACUUGCUCAGCCUAUAGGUGAACUGCUCCUUACUACUGUCCAGGGUGCCUGUGUAUGGCUUCAUGAGCCAUGGCAUUAAGGGGUAGGCUGGGUCCCCAAGGAUAACUAUAGGCAGCCACAUUUCAACAAUCCCAACAGUACUUUUCUGGUCUGGAAAGUAAGUCCCUUCCUGCAGCUGUUCAAACAGACCAGAGUUCCUGAUGAUGCAAACGUCAUGCACCUUUCCCAGCCAUCCCACGUUGAUGUCGGUGAAACGUCCCUUGUGAUCCAUCAGUGCUUGCAGCACCAAGGAAAAGUACCCCUUGCGGUUUAUGUACUGGCUCCCGCGGUGUGCCAGGGCCAAGAUAGGAAUAUGCGUUCCAUCUAUCGCCCUGCCGCAAGUAGGGAACCCCAGCGCAUUAAAGCCAUCCACAAUGGUCUAUACGUUUGCCAAAGUCACUACCCUCGAUAGCAGUUGGUCAAUGAUUGUGUUGGCUACUUGCAGCACAGCAGCCCCUACAGUAGAUUUGCCCACUCCAAACUGAUUUCCGACAGCCCGGUAGCUGUUGGGUGUUGCAAGCUUCCAUAGUGCAAUGGCCAAUCUCUUCUCAACUGUGAGGGCUGCUCUCAUUUUGGUGUCUUUGUGCUUCAGGGCAGGGGACAGCAAGUCACAAAGUUCCAUGAAAGUGGCCCUAUGCAUACAAAAGUUUCAGAGCCCCUGGGAAUCAUCCCAGACCUGCAACACUAUGCGGUCCCACCAGUCUGUGCUUGUUUCCCGGGCCCAGAAUCAGCGUUCCAUGGCAUGAACCUGGCCCAACGCCACCAUGAUCUCCCAAUCGCCACAUGCCGUGCUUCGAGGAAUGUCUGUGUCCAUGUCCUCAUCAGUAUAGUAAUCGCACUGUCGUCGCUUCCUCGCCCGGUUUUGCAGCUACUGUACAUACUGCUGGAUAAUGUGCAAGGUAUUUACAAUGGUCAAAACUGCAGCGGAGAUCUGAACAUGCUUGCUGCGCUGUGGCGCCUGCAUGGGUAAUCCUGGAAAAAGGGCGUGAAAUGUAGGAGAGCUGUUCUGUUCAAGAUGGCUUAUAAAAGGUGGUAAAUGCUUGUCUUCUGUAGCUUUCAUGGAGUCGGGAAGCUUGCUAGAGCUGCAAGAGCAGGAGAGCAGAGUUUGCGAUGGAAGCAUGAGCAGAAUUUGUGGCAGAAGCUGUGCAGCUCAGUUCACAAUGGCCAAAAAAUGGCGGGGAAUUGUUGCCUUCUGUAGCUUCCAUGAGAGCCCAGGACAGACAACGUAAACAAUCUUGUUUGUCUUAGUGACUGGCAGAAUAAGAAGUAGGACU